AUGGAUAUUCUUCGGUUUUAUUCCACUCAACGGUAUGCCUCACGUGUCUCUCUUUACGAUCUCUCCUUCUGUGUUACUGUUUGGCGUGCCCCACUUGUGGACGAGGAGGACACUGAGACACUCUGCAGCGUAACGGUGCCGUGGGAUGGGAAAGUAUUCUCACCAGCAGAGAAACUCGAGAUGAUUCGCACGGCAACUUCCCUUGCGGAGAGUAAAGAAAUAAAAAAUCAUAAUAAUCUCACCUCUACAGGUGAGGAGGAAGGAAUAGAAAUGAGAUAUAUGCAAUCUCUCUUGGGAGGAUCAGGGCAUAUGAUUCCCACAACAACAGAGGCGAUAAAGGAAUUACACACGCAGUUGGAAAAACCGGAAAAUGCCUUUUUUACUCGUCCCUCCAGUGAAGAUUACAUUCACCAGACGGAGGAGGAGUGCCCAGUGGAUCCACCACAGUCUCCGAGUCCACUAGCCGCUGUAAUUCUACGACAACACCGUAAACAACAUCAACCUAGUAAUAAGAUGUACUUUAUGUGGGCAGUUGGGAGAAUUGUGGAUACUGCUGGGAAUUCAUUAAAUAAUAUGCGAUGGGAAGGAGAAGAGCGGGUCAUUUGUACAAUCGCAGCAGAACAGAGUGAGUUGUACUUUACCGCAAAUCCAUCUAUUAAUGAAACACAUACAUUAUAUGUAGAUUCCCUUCAUGUAUACUCUUUUAAUAUUACUGUAACGGCAACAGAGGAUUCAAAUAUCGCAUCUUCUAGAAUACCGAAUCUUAUUCGAAAAAUUAAUAGAAUGACACUUAGCGUGCAGGAUCAUUUAAAUUUACCUCAUAGUGCUAGAAGAGAUGCAUUACAACGUAUGCUUCUACAACAGGCUGUUCAAUUAAAAAGUGAAGAAGUAGGAACAGAUAGUACGGUAAAGCAGAUCUACACUAAGGGCAGUAGUACCUUUACACAGUCCCCAUCUAAAGGAACGGUACGAUAUCACAUACACGGUACUAUUGAGAGAUGUAUUGGAAUACCAGAAGAUGGAUUGUUUUUGCGUUGUCAAUGGCAAUAUGGAAAUGAGGACAGAUAUAAUGAAGAAUCAGAGAGUGUUAUCUUCACUUCACAAUUAGCAUCUUCAGGUCUUGUCAUUGUGGAGGAUUUUAUCCCACUUCCAGUACAUACGUUUAAUCUACCAUUUGAAUAUCACUUUGAGGAACGAGUGGAGGCCACACUGCGGCUUCUAAUCACAGUCUACAGUGAUGAUGGGGUGGGGGUACAACAAUCCCCAGUGGGAUACACAGCGCUCACUAUUCCGCAUUUACUGCCGGGCUGUCAUUCACUGCGAGCCUCUUUGUGGCGACCGCGACCGACGGGUCGUGAGUUUCUGCGCAGUGCGUUUGUGGGCGGUGGGCCGUCGCUUGUGGAUGUGCGGGAUGCGGGGCCGAGUGGGAAAGGUGUUAUUUCAGUCAAACACGGUAUGUUAACAGAGUCCUCUGGAGAGAUUGAGCUGCGAUUGAUGGUACUGCAGCAUCGUUAA